AUGCACUCCCACCGACACCGACACUAUUUCCCCAUCCUACGCUGUUCGCCCGCCGCACACGGAUUCCAGGCACAAGGGUGCUCGUCCACUUGGUUCAUUUCCAAUUUCGCCCUCUUCACCUCGCAGUUGCAUUACUCAAGCGGCUGCGUGCGCGACAAGAGGUUCUCCAAGGUUUCUUUGUUCGUCACUCCAGCCUUCACCAUGAUCAACGUCACCAAGGUUUUCACGCUGGUCGUCGCAGUUGUAGCCAUCACGAGUGGUGUGCAUGCCGACAAGGAAGUCGCGCAGGACUACAGUAGCGGUGGUACGACCGGUGGCAUGGGCGGCGGACUAUCGGGCCUCUCCAAGAUGAUGCCCGGUAUGGGUGGCACCGGCGGAACCAGCGGCGGUCUCCCCAGCAUGGGCAGUAUGCCCGACUUCAGCAAGAUGAUGUCCGGAAUGGGCGGCACUGGCGGCAUGCCGAGCUUCUCUAAGAUGAUGCCUGGAAUGGGCGGCACGGGCGGUGGAAUGGGCGGCAUGCCCGACUUCAGCAAGAUGAUGUCCGGAAUGGGCGGCGCCGGUGGCGGCUUUCCGGGCAUGAGUGGAGGUUUCUCCAGUCUCAGCAAGAUGAUCCCGGGUGCGGGAGGCAGCCCGGGUACGGUCCACGCGCCUGGAGCUACUAGCACAGGUACUGCCGGCACCGGCACUGGCACUAGCACCGGCACUGGAACCGGGGCUACAGGUGCAACCGGCGCUUCAGGUAACACGGCCACAACACCGAAGACCGGCACGCCACAGACGAGCAGUUCAAAGGCUGGCUCCGCAGCAGGAGCGCCCACGGUUGGAUGA